CAUCCACGAGCAAAAACAUCAAACAACACUCAUCAAUAUCAUCCAGCUACUCUUCUCCAUCUACUUGAACUUGAACUUGAACUAUCCAGCUCAACUCUGCCACACUUUUUUAUUUUACUCCCCCAAGAUCUCCAAGCCUCCAUUUUUCAUAUCCAAAGCUGACUGAAAAAUGGGUCAGUUCAAUGACAAAUUUAUUGAGUUUUUCAACAACAGAUGGCUGGUUUUUGUGGCUGCAAUGUGGAUACAAUCUUGUGCUGGAAUCGGGUAUUUAUUUGGGAGUAUAUCUCCAGCCAUCAAGAGUUCUUUGAAUUAUAAUCAGAAGCAAGUUGCUAGAUUAGGUGUGGCUAAAGAUCUUGGUGACAGUGUUGGGUUUUUAGCUGGGAGCUUGUGUGAGAUUUUGCCCAUGUGGGCUGCUCUUCUUGUGGGUGCUGCUCAGAAUUUUAUUGGAUAUGGUUUGGUUUGGCUUGUUGUUACUGGAAGAGCUCCUGUUUUGCCUUUGUGGGCUAUGUGUCUUCUUAUUUUUAUUGGAACAAAUGGCGAGACCUACUUCAACACAGCAGCACUAGUCUCGUGUGUGCAAAACUUCCCCAAAAGCCGUGGUCCUGUAGUGGGUAUAUUAAAGGGAUUUGCUGGGUUGAGUGGUGCUAUACUGUCUCAGGUUUACGUUUUAAUCAACUCCCCUGACAGUGCAUCACUUAUAUUUAUGGUGGCAGUUGGGCCGGCAAUGGUGGUUAUUUCUCUUAUGUUCAUAGUCCGGCCUGUAGGAGGUCACAGACAAGUCCGAUCGUCGGAUGGUGCAAGUUCUUCAUUUAUCUACUGUGUAUGCCUUAUCUUGGCUGCUUAUUUGAUGGGGGUCAUGCUUGUAGAAGAUCUAAUUGAUUUGAACCACAAUGUGAUCGUGAUUUUCACAAUAAUUCUGUUCAUUAUUAUAAUUGUUCCAAUUGUGAUCCCUAUAUGGCUACUGUUUACCCAAGAGCCAGAAGAUCAAGCACAUGAGGCUCUUUUAGCUGAGACAAGGACAGAAGAACCCGUCAUAACUGGACAUGAUGCUAAUGAAAUUAUAUUUAGUGAGGUCGAAGAUGAGAAGCCUAGGGGAGUAGAUUUGCUUCCCGCUACAGAGAGGCAAAAAAGAAUUGCUCAGCUACAAUCGAAAUUAGCUCAAGCAGCUGCAGAAGGUGCAGUGAGGGUCAAGAGCAGAAGGGGUCCACAUAGAGGGGAAGACUUCACUUUGAUGCAGGCUUUGAUCAAGGCAGACUUUUGGCUUAUUUUUUUCUCACUGUUACUUGGAUCAGGAUCAGGGUUGACUGUGAUUGAUAAUUUGGGGCAAAUGAGCCAGUCCAUUGGUUAUAAUAACACACAUAUUUUUGUUUCAUUGAUAAGUAUUUGGAACUUUCUAGGUCGUGUUGGUGGAGGAUACUUUUCAGAAAUAAUUGUCAAGGAUUAUGCUUAUCCAAGACAUUUGGCCAUGGCUGUUGCUCAAUUUAUAAUGGCGUUUGGUCACUUAUUCAUGGCCAUGGGCUGGCCUGGGGAGAUGUAUGUUGGUACACUUUUAAUUGGGCUUGGCUAUGGAGCUCACUGGGCAAUUGUCCCAGCUGCUGCCUCGGAGUUAUUUGGUUUAAAAAAGUUCGGGGCAUUGUAUAAUUUUCUUACUCUUGCAAACCCUGCUGGUACUCUAAUCCUGUCAAGUCUACUUGCAAGCAGUAUAUAUGACAGUGAAGCAGCAAAGCAAGCCCAACAGUUUCCAAUCACUUCUGGUGAUGAUGAACCACCGCGGUGUUAUGGUGUUGUCUGCUUCAGCUUGACUUUGUACAUAAUGUCUGCCCUAUGCAUUGUUGCAGUUAUUCUAAGCCUGACUCUUGUCUACCGAACUAGGGUGGUCUAUGCCCAUCUGUAUGGAAAAUCUCGCACUUGAGUGGCUGAAAGAGAAACAAAUGGAGUUCAUGCAUUUAUAAGAAUUUUAGUUGUAUACUUUGUGGAAGUUUCAAGAGCUAGCUCCUUGUCAGAAAUUAUAGAUGCUACUACUCCAGAAGGCUAUCAGAUAGCGAGAACCUAAAAACUCUUGGCAUUGUUUUCAGCCGUCAGCGGGCUAUGUUGGGCCAGGUGAAGUAAGAUUUUCUCUUCAAUCUGCUGUUUUCUUUCUCGUGGUCUUGCUGAAGUAAGAUGGUCUGUUUUGUCUUCUGUUCUUAUGUUCCAAUUAGCAGGGGUGUCAAUCUCAGGCCGUAUUCUCAAAGGCUCGAUAUCUUGUCAUUCUAAAACUGGCUCAAGUUUGAUACAAAAAAUUAUAUGGCUUGAAAGAAUAAACAUUUUGAUAGUCGGAGUAAUUUUCUGGUCUUCCGAAUCAGUUGAAUCCGUUUCUGUCAUAGUUUGUUACUAUUAUAUUUGUUAUUGUGUUGAUUAUGAGUUUGGUUCGAGUCCUGUUUGUCGAGUGUAGGACAUGUUCUUUGAUUUUUUUUUUUAAAAGUUUUGUAUUGUUGUUUGAUCAUUCAAGAUUCAAGAUGUACCACCGGAUCACGAAUGAAUAGAAGAGCAUAAAUAUUUGCUUCCUACCUUCCUCUCAUUUGAGACUGGUAGUAACA